AUGCAGGCUCCAAUGGUGAUGGCUCCACUGGAGUGCUUUUUGCAAGUGAAACCCGAGCUCAAAGGUUGGCACAAGAUGUGUUCUAAAAUAGUCGAAGACAUUAGUGGUGUUUCGUUCUGCAUUAAAAGGCUUCUAGUAGAUCCCAACUCUUGGAUGUAUAUCGAUUUGAUGCAUAUAACUGGCAAAGUUGAUCCUAUAGUCUUCAUCAAGAAGUUGUAUAAAGCGAGAACUUACGCUAUGCUCAAACGAAUCGAGUAUGGAAAUGAAGAGAAUCCAGAAGAAACUCGGAAACCUAAUGAUCACUUCAUGACAUGUAAUUUCGAAAUAAACAUAUUAGACGAAAGUUGGUAUAAGAAAGUCUUAGUGGCUUUGAAGACCAUCCAAGGUGUAUCAUUAAUCAUAGAUGGACAACAAAAUAGUGGAUAUCUACGUGGGAACAUUGAAUCUGCAAGGCUCAUGAAGAUGAUGGCGAAGGCGGGCAUCGAAUCAUGGGCAAUGAACUAUGGAGUCAUGUAUAAAAAUGCAACCUUGAAGACACUUAAGCCUUCUGCAAAAGGAACCGAGCAGGCAGAGCCAGCGAAAGACAAAGAGCCUCCUCCUCUAGAGAAUGUAAGUACAUCAAAGCAUUACCAAGUCGUAUACAAGAAGCCUCGUGGUUUUAAAAGGUUCUUUUGUUAA